AGUCACACCAAACGUGAGCUGUAACCGUGCACGCGAGCCGCGUCUCACUCUGUGGUUGUUAUGCCUGGUGCUACACCAACAAACAUUAGUCACACAUGGGCGUUUGAAGUAGAAGUCUGCAUUGUCUACACUGAACUGACCUUUGAGUAACGCACCUCAAAAAGUGUUCAGAGCUGCACUUACAUUCACUGCAAAAAGUGUGUUUGUAUAUGAAGCAGACUGCUUUCAACAUGAGGAGAGUCCUCUGCAUUAUCUUACUCCUGCCUACUAUUAAAACAUAUUCACUUAACUCCGUACAUGCCUCUGUCCAGUUUGUGCCAGCAGGAAGCACAGUUAACAUACCAUGUGACGGUUAUGGUGAUCACACCACUGCUAGGUGGUUGUAUAGAGGAAAAAACAAGAACUUUCAGAUUAUUGUUCAUGAAAGUAAAGGCCUGAUUUUAAAGAACAAGACAAUGUUGUCCAGGAAAAAGAUUCUGAAGAAUUUUGAUUUAGAAAUCAGUCCUUUCACUGAACUGGAUGAAGGGAUAUAUGCUUGUCAAGUCUGCACACACACAAAUGGAUGUACUGAUGGUGAACAGAUCUCCUUAUUACUUCAGUAUGAAACACCUUCUACAUCAUCAAGGACACAUUUUAUCAUUGAAGGUGGCAGACUGAGUUAUAGUUGUCUGCAUAAUCUCACUCUGAAGGUUGGCUGGACAUUUCAGGCACAUGGAGAAAACGCUGUCACUCAUUUAAACAGUGAAUCGACAGAUAAAACUUUACUGAUCAUUCCAGAUGUUCAGCCAUCUCAUGCGGGCAAGUACAGCUGUUGGAGAGAAACAUUGACUGGAAAAUGGCAUACAGUUUAUUCGGUGACUCUGUGUGUACUUACAGUUACAGCAGUGGAGUCGACUGAUUCUCCUCAAAACUGCACCCUGUACUGUGAUGUGGAUGUCGGUGCAGAGGGAAAUCCAGUCACUGUGGUGUCAGAUAAAUGGAAUAUCUCAAUUACUGGGAUCAUAAAGAAGCCGAAGAGUUCUGUGAUCUGCAGGCUGCACAGUAGCAGCGUAGAGACAGACAGAUUGCAUCUUGCUGAUGAAGCCACAACUCAAUCAGAUGCCACUGCAUACAUUACUGUGGGCAGCAACCCUUCACAAGCAGUUACAUUAAUAAGCACAUGCACUGCAGCUCCUCUCAUCAUUGUAGCUCUUGCCAUAAUUUUGUGUGUUUUGAGACGGCAAGUGAAUACAGGCAGAAACUCUACCAGAGGUGGUCAAACCAUGACCAGGAGCUCAGGGGAUGAAGAUGAGACUCAGGUGGUUUAUUCUAUGCUGGAAGUUGGCAGAUAUCAACAGCAGAGUGUCAUCACAUCUGUUAAUGAGUGUGUGUACAGCCAAAUUAAAGUGUAAUAAGAACAGCGGGUCAUCUGGCCUGACGUGAGCAAACACAUCCCUGAUGCAAUAUCAGUACUACCAGUAAUGUAAGCAGUGGAGGACGCCUUCAGCAGACUACACUGAACAACGCUCACAGGAGAACUAUACGGAUAAACCAAGCGAACAGCCAACUCUGUUGCGAUAUGAGAACGAGAGGACUACAGUCAUGGGAUGCUGAAACAUGCAGACACUGCUGCUCUCACUGGAUGUUGGUGAUGAAAAUUGGAAAUGAUGCACAUGAUUUUCAAGCUCAUGUGUGGCCUGUGAUCACACAAUGAAAAUAAUGUUGUUGAAUCAUUGAAAGUGAUAAAUACACACUGAUGAAAAUGAUUUUGUUCACACAUAUAGUUAUAAUAAAAUGCAAUUUUUAUUUAAAUAGUAAUCUUUCCUUAGAGACAAAUUUGAGCAAAUAAGACAAAUGUGAUGAAUCACAGUUCAUUAAUCACAGUUAAUUAUUUUAAUUGUUUGACAGUCCUACUUUUUUGGGGUCAUAUUUAAGUUUGAUCUAAGCAACUUAAGAUUCACUUCAUUGUUUCUUUUUGCUUUUAGUAAUGUUUGAAGAUGGUUUCACUCAGUUGUACUUUUUGAAACUGAGCGCAGUAACAGACUGCAUGAAUUUCAGCUACUGAACAUGCAUGCAUUUUUCUAGUAUUCAGCUAGUGUGAAGUUCAA